AUGGCAAACAAUGGGAUGAAUCCAUCACUACUUCCUGCAAUUCCAUCUUCUUCUUCUUCUUCACUUGAUACCUUACGAGCAAGUUUGCUAAAUCAAACGGUUGGAACUUCACAGAAUCAACUCAUUCCUAAUCAGGAUCCUCACAUUCCUAAUCAUGAUGAAUAUAUUCCUUCUCCUGAUCACCCUAUUCCUGCUCCUGCUCAACAAAAUAUUCCAGCAGUUCAAGAUAUUCCUGCUGCUACACCAGCCCUUCCUCGGGAUGUUCCUAGUCUUACUCAUGACCAUAAUCAAGAUAUUCCUGCUCCUGCACUUGAUCAACAUGCUACUACUUUUACUGAUACUUCUCCCGCCAAUCUUGAUCCAUUUCUCAAUCAAGAUGAUUCUCUUUUGAUUUCUUGUCUUGAAUAUAAUAUUCCAGCUUUGGUUACUUCUCUUGAGCAUAAUAUUCCCACCCUGGUUUCUACACAUGAUCAAAAUAACAACGAUCCCAUCGUUGAGAAACAAAUUGAAGGGCCUAAGCAUGAAGUUCAUUCUGUUACUCCUACCCUAAAUCAAGAUAUUCUACCUCCUGGUCAAGAUAUUUCGCCCCUUCGUCAGGAUCAUACGCCAUCUCUUGAUCUUGAUCUUGAUGCGAUACUUAAAAUUUUGAACUGCGAUUUGGUAUCCCAACCAACGACCAGCCAAAGUAAAGAUACGGAAAACGCACGAAUGUUGAAGAUUGCGAAUAAUGCAAUGGAAGAGUUGAUGAAACUCUUAAGUAUGAACGAACCCUUCUGGUUCAGGUCUCUAGUGGAUGAGAGAUUCAUUCUUCAGCGUGAUUGCUACCAAAGGAUAUUUCGUAGGAGUAAUUACUUAAACGGACCUCAUGCUCGAGUAGAGUCUUCGAAAGAUUCACGAGUAGUAAAAAUGAGUGGGACGGAGCUUGUGGAAAUGUUUUUAAAUUCGGACAAAUGGGUUGAUCUAUUCCCAACAAUUGUUAAAAGCGCCCAAACAAUUGAAGUACUAGAAAGCGGUUCGUUAGGAAACCGAAAUGGCGCUUUGCAGUUGAUGAAAGCAGAAAUGCACAUUCUUUCACCUUUGGUUCCAAUUCGGGAAUUCCACUUCCUUCGUUAUUGUAAACAAAUUGAAGCAGGUGUAUGGACCAUAGGGGAUGUGUCAAUUGAUUCUUCUACACACAAAACCUCUACUGUUUCUCGCGCUCGGAGGUUUCCAUCUGGAUUACUCAUUCAAGAAAUGACUGAGGGAUUGUGCAGGGUUUCUUGGGUGGAGCACGUGGAAGUGGAUGAUAAGAUCCAAACUCACCAGCUUUUCAGAGAUCUUAUUUGUGGCAGUAAUGCAUAUGGAGCAGAAAGGUGGGUUUUGGCACUUGAAAGAAUGUGUGAGAGGUUUGCAAGUGCCUCAGCUGAUACCAUACCCGGUUGUGAGGCUGGAGGAGUGAUUAGGUCACCUGACUCAAGAAGGAAUGUAAUGCACCUGACUCGUCGUAUGGUUAAGUCUUUUGGUGGAAGUUUGUGCAUGCAAGAUAACACAAACUUCCCACACCUAACCAGGAUGAACAAUGGUGGUAUUAGGGUUGCCGUUAGAAUGAACUUAACCGAGCCUGGUGAGCCUAAAGGCAUGAUUCUCAGUGCAGCUACCUCCUUUCGCCUUCCUCUCUCUCCACAAGAUGUUUUUGACUACUUGAUAGAUGACAAGAAACGAGCUAAGUGGGAUGUUCUAUGCUCUGGAAAUGCAGGGCACGAGAUUCAACGCAUCACUACUGGAAGUAAUCCUGUAAACUGUGUUUCAAUCAUGCGUCCUUUCAUCCCUAAAGAGAACAACCUAGUGAUUCUCCAAGAAAGUUAUGCAGAUGCUUUGGGAUCUAUGUUGGUUUAUGCUCCUUUUGAUAUGAGGGCAUUAAGCUUCGUCAUGAACGGAGAAGACACGUCACUGUUUCCGAUUCUUCCAUCUGGCUUCACCAUAUCUAGGGAUGGCCAAUCAGAUGUUUCUGAAGAACAAUCUGGUGGCUCAGGAGGUUCGUUGGUGACUCUAAUGUUUCAAAUUUUGGCCUCCAGCCCAUCUAGAAUGAGCAUGGUAGACAUUGAACUUGUUGCUAAUGUUAAUACUCUUGUGACCUCAACAGUAGAAAAUAUUAAAGGUGCUCUGAAUUGUUCCGGUUCGCAGUAA